AUGACCGAUUUUCAACUACCUCCUGGUCCCCUGCCGACUGGGGAUCGGGGGCCCGCCAUCGACGCCGUGCAGGUGUUGAUGAUUGUUCUGGCGACGUCGUCUGUCGUUCUGCGAUUCAUUGCCCGGCGGAUGACUGCUGCUGGACUAUGGUGGGACGACUGGAUGAUACUUGCGGCGUUGAUCCUUUCACUGGGCAUCAACUUCUUGAAUCUAAUCGCUGUCCAAACCGGCCUCGGACAACAUAUCUGGAAUGUCAAGGACCAUGGACAAGCCUACCUGCGGAGUCUGUUCGCCUUGGAAGUUCUCUACACGACCGCACUGGCUCUUAACAAGCUUGGAGUUCUACUCAUGUAUCAACGACUAUUCGGCAUCGAACGGAAGUUGACUAUCGCGGUCAAGGUGGUCGCGGCCAUUGUCAUCGCCUGGUGGAUCGGCGUCGAGAUUGUCACUCUCUUGCAAUGUCAGCCCAUUGACAAGUUCUGGAAUUACCAAAAGGAAGGUCAUUGCAUCGACAUUGUCGCAUUCUUCGAAGGCUCGGCCAUCCCCAACGUCAUCAUCGACGUGGCCAUUCUUUUACUACCCCAGCCGAUAUUGUGGAAGCUCAGGAUGAGCAUGAGCAACAAGGUUGCGCUCUGCGGCAUAUUUCUCCUUGGUGCUUUUACUGCUAUCAGCUCGAUUGGGAGACUGGUAGCAAUCGUCGAGUUCCAUGGCGCUCUCGACUUCACGUGGACUGCAUUCGGCGCCAUCAUUUGGUAUUCUUUAGAACCCGCAGUAGGCAUCAUCUGCGCGUGCCUGCCCUGCCUUGGACCCAUCUUCCGGAAACUACCCGGCUCUCCUUUCGCAACCCAAAAAUCCAACCCUGGAAGUCGAUACCCAUCACAAGGACCCAGCGGUCAACUAUCAGAUAUGCGCAGCAAACACAGCCGGCGAAUAAGUCUGGACACAGCCAGCGUGGCGAAGUUGACACAAACUGAGAGCUCAUACCAGACCUCAGUAUAUGCGUCGGCGAGCGGGAGCGUGGAUGACAUCCAUCCUCCUGGAAUGCUCGAAUUGAAUCAAAUACAUGUGCGAAGCAGCACACAUAUAUCGUCUCCAAUAAGCCCAUAG